CACUGUCCCUGGAAGCGGUUGCAACCCCCAAAAAGCGAGUGCAAUCUCCCGGCUGGAAGCCAGCUGCAGACUGGAAAGGACCAGUCGGGAUACACAUUAAUGCGGAGGAGUAGCUGCUGUCCAGGUCCUGCAGGUCCUGGGCCUAGAAUAGUGUUCCAGCAGGCGCCAAAGGCUGCGCUCGCUUCGCGGCUGUUUUCUGGUUCAAUUGGUUGGAUUUUCUCCAAUUUCCAAAAGUACCAGAAACUAGCUAGCAAGACCAUUCAAAUCAUACAAAAAACAAGGGUGAAAUUUUUGUAAAAAUACUUAAUUGACAACGACAGUAGCAGUAGCAGCAGCAACAACAAAAACAACAACAGUACCUAAACCAAACUAGAUCAAUUUACAAUGGCUGGGAACAAGCCAUCCACUUCGUGGCCCCACCGGAUGAUGAGCUUCCAGUGCCGACAGGCCGAUCUCAACCGACUCGUGAUGAACUAUUUGGUCACAGAGGGUUAUCAAGAGGCCGCUAAGCGGUUCAUGACCGAGGCGGCUAUAAAGCCGAGCCCCAACAUGGACACCAUUGGCGAUCGAAUGAGGAUCCAGGAUGCCAUAAGAGUGGGCCAGGUCAGGUACGCCAUGGAUCUGGCCACACGGAUUUAUCCGCGCCUCUUCGAGACCGACAACUAUGUGUUUUUCCACAUGCAACAAUUGCGACUGAUUGAGAUGAUAAGAGAUCAAAAGAUGGAAAAGGCUUUGAAAUUCGCCCAGAGCAAGACCGCGGGAUUUUCAAAAGUCGACCCAAGGCACUUUCAUGAGGUGGAGCGCACCAUGGGUCUGUUGGCCUUCGAGCGGCCGGAAUUUAGCCCCUACGGGGAGUUGAUGUGCUACUCCUAUCGCAAGAAGGUGGCCGGUGAAGUAAAUGCGGCCAUGUUGCGUUGCCAGGAGUCGGAGAGUAAAAGUCAGGAAGAGUCCAUGGAGCCGCGGAUGAUCUUUCUCAUUAAACUGAUUCUUUGGGCUCAGGCCAAACUGGAGCGCGAAGGAUGUACCGACUUCCAAAAGCUCGAUUUCGGCCAUGGCGACUUUGAAGAGGAGUUCCGCCAGAGCUUCCAGGGUUUCUAAGGCGAUGAGCCCAAAAUAAUUGUCCAACGAUCGGUCGGUGUCUACUGCGAAACUAUACAGAUAAAUUUUUUUUUUAGCAAAUCUACAGAUAUAAUUGUAUUUUUUUUGUGCCAACAUACAAAUAUGAAUGUAAUUUUUUUUAAUGGAUGUUGAAUAAUAAAUAUUUCCAUAUCUUGAUGUAAUUUUUGACCAAAAUUGCGGUUGGCUUUCUUUGGGGAUUUGGUUGAACAUUUUUUGUAAAAGCUGCAGACAAAACUCCCUUAGUUAUCAAAAAACUUUUUGCCCUGACAAAAAAAUAAGAAAAAUAAAUAUUUAAAUGUACAUUUUACAAGGAUUUAACCUAAAAGUUUUGAAAACAUAAUAAUAUUAUAUAUGUAAUAUCAUAAUAAUGAUUAUACAAGUUAUAUAAUUUAUAGGUUAAUGAACAAAAAUGUGAUCUUUUUUAAGCCUUACUGAUUUUGUAUUACUAAAAGCUUCCCUGUUUUUUACUCGUUCGGUAGACGAACUCUCUAUUCUCCUGAGAGCUUUAAAAGUUAUCGCCAGUCUACGUCAUGGCUUUA